AGUGGUUGGACUUGAAGACCUAGGCAAUUUGAAUAGGAAGUUCAAAACUUGGGAAGUGAAAGUGUGAAGGAAACAGAUUUCCAUGACUUCUUCUUCCAUUCUUAUUACAUUACAAAACAAGAUCCUAAUUUUAUAAGUUUCCAUGUUUAAUUCUUUAUAUAGGACUCGGCAACCCAUGUAUAGUUCACAUUCGUAGCCUCGUGAAGACAAGUUCUACAACCAACUAGUCCAACAAACCCAACUCCGCCAACAAUAUUUAACGCCCACUUUCCCCUUCUUCCCAUUCCCACCGCACCUCCUCUGCAACACAUCUAUCUAGAAGCUUUGGUUUUUGAUCCAAAUCCUUGAAACCUAGAUAGAGAAGAAAGAAAGCAAAAAAACCUCUGCAAAGGAUUUCAGCAACAUCUGGUGCAUACCCAGAUACCGAGAAUUUGUUUUCCUUGUGCUAUUGAUUUCGAUCUAGGCAUAGCCUCAAAGUCCUCUAAUUGGUAUCUCUCACCAUGGGAAAAACUUCGACUACUUUGUUGUUGUUUUCUUGUGUUCUGUUCUCCCUGUGUGCCUCAUCGUUUGCUCAAACCUGCCGGAGCUAUACUGGUUUCUCUAACAACAAGGUAUACAGCUCAUGCCAAGACCUUCCUGUUUUGAAUUCAUUCCUUCACUGGACCUACGAUCAAUCAACCAGCAAAGUUGAUAUCGCGUAUAGAGUGACUGGAACCACAAGCGCGAAAUGGAUUUCUUGGGCCCUCAACCCCACUGGACAAGGAAUGGUAGGGGCACAAGCCCUUGUGGCAUUUCAGAACACCAGUGGAGUCAUGCAUGCAUACACAUCCCCAGUGCCUGGUUAUACAAUAUCAACAUUGACUGAGGGUUCUUUGAGCUUUGCGGUGUCAAAUCUCUCUGCAACAUUUGUGAAUGGCAAUGAGAUGUCUAUAUUUGCGACAUUAACCCUUAGUAGUAGCAUGACGACAACGGUAAACCAAGUCUGGCAAGAAGGUCCUCUGAGUGGGAACAGUCCUAUUUCGCAUGUUACUACAGCAGGUUCAAGUAAUAUGAUAUCAACAAACACCCUGAAUUUUCUCGAUGCCACGGCCACAACACCUUCAGCAGUGAUCAUUCCAAGGCUUCGAAAGAAGAAUAUUCAUGGAGUCCUAAACGCGGUUAGUUGGGGAAUUUUGAUGCCUAUGGGAGCCAUGAUUGCUAGGUACCUAAAGACGUUCAAGUCUGCAGAUCCUGCGUGGUUUUAUCUACAUGUCGCUUGCCAAACUUCUGCCUAUGUUGUUGGAGUUUCUGGAUUUGCCACGGGUAUAAAACUUGGCAGCGAUUCCCCUGGCAUUAAGUAUGGUACCCAUAGGAACAUCGGCAUAGUCCUUUUCUGCAUGGGAACACUUCAGUUGUUUGCUCUGCUUUUGAGGCCAAAGAAGGAUCACAAGUACAGGUUGUAUUGGAACAUCUACCACCACUGUGUCGGAUACGCUACCAUCAUCCUGAGCAUUGUUAACGUCUUUGAAGGUUUUGACAUCUUGAAACCCGACGAUAAGUGGAAGAAGAUAUAUAUCGGAAUCCUGAUUUUCUUGGGAGUCAAUGCAGCUCUUUUGGAAGCUUUUACUUGGUUCAUUGUUAUCAAAAGAAAAAAUACGAGCUCAGAGAAGUACCCCUCCCAUGGGAAUGGACUGAAUGGAGCAAAUGGCUAUGGUGCCAGAACAGAGAAUGGGGUGUAGUUUUAAGGAUAAGAAUGACUAGGCUUUGUGUCUUUCUUAGAUCGAUUGAUGCAUCUCUUGCUUACUUUUGUGGGGGGUUUUCACCCUAUGUUCAAGAGAGAGCUUAUUACUUUCAUUUACUCGAUUUUGUCUUUCACCUUGUAGGGAUUUAUCAUUUCAUUUAUGAGUAGAGUGUUGUUAGGACAGUCAUAGGGUGUAAUUUUAUUGCAUAUGUAUAAAUAUACAGAUCCACUUCAUGCUUUAUUAAA